AUGGCCGAAGUGUCAAAGAAUUCGACAGAGAUAACUCUUUGCAAGUUUAUCGCCAAGACAGAGAAGUAUAUUAAUCAGGAAGAAAUGAUUAAGGCCCUCACGAAAGGUCAAAAGGAAGAAGACCAAGAAAAGGAGGACGCCAAAAAAGAGCCACCUGUAGCAUCUACUCCGAAGGAAGAGAAGUUACAGAAGAAAGUAGUGAAGAAGACUAUUCCAUCAUUCCAGAAGAUAGAACCCUGGCGACGUGAAGAUCGAAGGUCACCUUUGAAUACCAGGGUCAACGAAGUGUUUAUGGAGAUCAUAAGAGACCCAGCUUUCAGGUGGCCGAGUAAGUUGCGGGGUGAUCCGAGGAAGCGAGAUCAACGAAGUUCUGAAAUCGAAACUUUCGUUAGAAAUGGAAGGCUAGUAAGAUUCCUAGCAGGAGAAAGGAACCUAGACGCGGUUUACCAACAGCCCCUCAUGUUGGAUGCAAACCGAGAUGAAGGGGGACGAGAGCCGAGACGUGAUCGGGAUGCUGGUCGCAGAGAAGAUCCGAGACCCCCUCGGGAUCAAGGUGUGGUAGGUGAAAUCCACACCAUCGCCGGGGGAAUAGCUCAUGGAGGACAGUCUAAUUCGGCCAGAAAAGCCUACGCCAGAAAAACGCAGACCGAGGAAGUCUUUAUAGUACAAAGACCCUCCAAAGUUGCAAAAAAGGAUUCAGUGGUCCUUUCUUUCUCCGAAGAAGAUGCUAAGGGGGUAAUGCAGCCACAUGAUGAUCUGCUAGUUGUAACAGUGACGGUGGCUAAUCAUCUAAUACAUCAAAUUUUGGUGGACAAUGGAAGUUCAGCUGAUGUUUUAUAUUGUCCAGUCUUUAAGCAAAUGGGUAUUGAUCGUGAGAGGAUCAAACCAUUUAGCUCUCCCCUAGUUGGAUUUGCAGGAGAGCAAGUCCAGCCGAUUGGCCUUAUUUCACUCCCUAUAACGAUAGGAACGGCGCCCAAACAAAAGACCGUCAUGGUAGAUUUCCUAGUUAUUGACCGACUAGGUGCCUACAAUGCCAUCCUUGGUAGACCCGCUUUAAAUAAGUUGAAGGCCAUAACUUCGACGUACCACCUAACGAUGAAGUUUCCGACAGAAAAGGGAGUCAGAGAAGUGAAGGGGGAUCAGACCCAGGUGAGAAGAUGUUAUAAUACGUCUCUCAAGAGGGUUUUGGAUCCGACUCCUAUUGUCAUUGGUACAGUAGGUGGUAAUAGCCGGAAUGAUCUAAAGGGAGAGCCAGCUAAACCUCUGGAAGAUGUGAUAGUUGCAGAAGGCAAGGUUUUGAAAAUUGGGACACAGCUCAGUCCCAUAAUCCGAGACGGUCUCGUCACCUUCUUGAGAGGAAACUUCGAAGUCUUCACAUGGACCCAUGAGGAUAUGCCAGGAAUCGAUCUUGAAGACAUCCUCCACCAAUGA